AUGCGCUGCCAACAGACCUCUACAUGUCCAAAAGGAUGAAGGUUGAUAUACAUAAUCAUAUUUUACCAAAGGAAUGGCCUGAUUUGAAGAAGAGGUACGGCUAUGAUGGCUUCGUCCAGCUUCACCAUCACUGCAAGGUGUCGCCAUCAUAGACUCCUAAGCUGUCUGCUGCCAUCAUGUGGCUGUUAUGCAGCUAACACAAGUUCGACUUUGUGUGUCCAACACAACAACAAAUAGACAACUUCUGUAAACAAUCACAGAAGGGAGAAGCAAAUCAAAGGGUGAAGCGAAGAUGAUGAAGGAGGGUAAGCUGUUUCGUGUGAUUCAAGAAAAUUGCUGGGAUGCAAACGCGCGCAUACGAGACAUGGAUCGAUAUGGUGUCACAGUUCAAGCCCUUUCCACUGUCCCUGUGAUGUUCAGCUACUGGGCCAAACCGCAUGACACCCUGGAUCUAUGUGUCCUUUUGAAUGACGAUUUGGCCCAGACGGUGUGCAGCCACCCCAAAAGAUUUGUGGGCCUGGGAACGCUGCCCAUGCAAGCCCCCGACCUGGCCGUGCUGGAAAUGCGGCGUUGCGUAAGGGAACUGGGUUUCCCUGGGGUGCAGAUUGGCUCACAUAUAAACAACUGGGACCUCAGUGCAGCUGAUCUUGAUCCCUUCUAUGCUGAAGCUGAAGAGCUGAAUUGCUCCAUUUUUGUACACCCCUGGGACAUGCAGACGGAUGGGAGGAUGGCUAAGUAUUGGCUGCCCUGGCUGGUGGGCAUGCCAACAGAGACGACAAUGGCUAUUUGCUCAAUGAUUUUUGGAGGUGUCUUGGAGAGAUUUCCAAAAUUGAAGGUCUGCUUUGCUCACGGAGGAGGCUCCUUCCCCUUCACCGUUGGUAGAAUUGAACACGGGCACAAAGUUCGGCCUGACUUGUGCGCUGUAGACAACGAGUCCAAUCCCCGGAAAUACCUCGGUUCUUUUUACACUGACUCCCUCGUUCAUGAUCCUGUUUCCCUGAAGCUACUGACUGAUGUUAUUGGAAAAGAUAAAGUGAUGCUUGGAACGGAUUACCCAUUCCCACUGGGCGAGCUUCAACCCGGAUCUCUCAUUGAGUCAAUGGAAGAAUUUGACGAAACACUAAAGGAUAAGCUGCUGGCUGGAAAUGCACUGGAAUUUUUGGGCCUCAAAAAAGAACAAUUUGACUAACAAGCACAUUGAGUCCAACCUGUGGCAGGGGUUUGAAUACUCAUGAGUCUGUUGUUGUUUAUGGUUGUUUUAUCAGUCAUUUUAAUUAUUAUUAUCAAAUUCCAUAAUUUUGUCUGAUAUAAAAAUAGCGAGAAAAUAAACUGCUGGUCUACUGCCGUGUGACCAAAACAAAAUAUGCAUCCAACCAACAAAAACGGUUUAAACCAACUAAAAAUGGAUACUGGGCUGUGUUUUUUUUUUUUUUUAAUUGCAUAAAAUCUGAUUAUGAUAUGAUUGAUUAAUCAUACCAUUUUCUGUCAACUGUAUAUGACUCAAAUUACAUUCUGAAAUAUGAAUGAUCAAUAAAACACAACAAUGUUUUUUUUUA